CUAUAAAAAAGGAAUUCUUGCUGGUUCAAAGUAGUAACAACUUGUUUGUCUUUCAACCUCGCAACCAAAGUGAUAACGAAAUUACCAAAGACUUAAUUUAUUUCAAUUCACUAGGAUUUUCAACGGAAAAAAAUGAACAAAAUGGUAUAUCUCGGAUGUUUGGCUCUUGCCUCAUGUGUUGGUGUGGCUCUUGGCUACGGAAGUGUUAUGACGGGGCACAACAAAUUUACCUCAUACCCUUACAUGGGUAACAUGGGUUACGGACCAUACAUGGCGGGAUCUUCAGGUUUUGGAGGUUUUCUAGGUGGUACAGGCGGCUCAAGUGGUGGUAUGGGUGGCAUGUUUGGGAACAUUAUCCAACUGUUUCUGUUCAUCUUCGUAAUCAACAUCUUGUUCUCGAGCACUGGUCUUGGUUCGGGCCUUGGCUCAGGUGGUCUAGGUAUCGGCAAAAAGUCUUCACACGUGACCCGUGACUAUGACUUUUACUGAUCUUAGUUAUAGG